CCCAGGGCAGCCCUGCCAGCCCAGCUCAGGCUGGCCCGGCUCGGCCUCACACGCACCAUGAAGUACCCCCUGGUGCCGCUGGUGAACGACCUCACGUUCUCCUUCCUGGUGUUCUGGCUCGGCCUGCCCGUGGCCUUGCUGUUGUUCUUGUUGAUCGUCUGGUUUCGCUUCUUACUUAGCCAAGAUUCAGAGGAAAAUGAGUCGGAUUUGUGCUUUGAUUGGGAGCCAUGGAGCAAAGGCCCAGCCGAGUGGGACAGUACACUCCAGAGCCAAGAGGAGGAGAGGCCCGGCCAGUGAGCCUGUUCUGCCAGACCCAGCCUGCCAGUUGUUCCCAGCUUGGUUUUCCUGGAGUCCGCUGAGCAGUGGUAAUGGCCGAAGUGGACGGGAGAGACUCGCCAGGGAGGGGAGAGGACUUCAGCGACUGAGGCACUUUUCUGGGAUGCCCACCUCGUUCCCUCCACAGUCUCCGGAGGACCCCCAAGUCCCGGGGAGGAGCCCGCAGCUGUGAAGACGGUAUAAGCAGUCACACGGGGAGAAGUUGGCCAAAUGAAUUGAGAAGAGGUCCUCGGGCAGGGCUGGGCCUGAGUGUGUGGGUCCAUAUUAAAGGCAACAGGGGCUGCCUGAGCUCAGGAGACCCUGACGCGCGUUCUGGGCCUGA